AUGUCCAUUUAUACCGCUCGAAGCCUAGUUGCUACUGGCUUUCGGGUGGCUCCAACCCUCCCCCCCGCACUUGUAGCCGCCACACAUCGCUCUUUGCACUACUCGGCCCCGGCACACGCACGAACCGACAACAACAACAAUACCGCAGAUUCUGAUGAUGAUGCUGCUGCUGCUCCGGAACAUACCUUCAUCAAAAACUCGCACCCGUCUCAAAAGUCCCAUGGCCUCCACUCUACUGCAGACGCAAAAGACCUCAUUCUCUCCGUCCUCCGCUCUACUGCAACAAAACGUGAGGCCCGCCAGUACAUCUCCCGUUAUACCCCCCUUAUUGGCCGUGACUCUGACGAUAUCUUAAUGCGUAGACAAUUUGUCCAGGAUCUUCUCAAAGACCAAUCAUCUUCUCAUUCCCCCCUAGAGUAUCCAGCAACCCCCUACAAAACCCAACUCUCAAAGCUAAACCAACAAAACUCGCCUGACUCCUUUUCCUCUGUCGAUUUCAAACACGUCUUACGCGUCGCCAUAAUAAAAAUCCGUGAUAUCAAGUCUAUUGAUCCAGAAACUUUCUUUAAAAUCGGCCACACAAUUGUCCGCCUAACAAAACUCGGUGUCUCGCCAAUUGUCGUCGUCGAAGCUGGUAAAGAACGAAACGAUUUCCUUCACCUCGAUAAUCAACCUUUCCGCCAUUAUGAACGUGCAAUCAUGUGGAAAGCUGCUGCUGUUGCAGGUGCAAUUGAGUCUGCUUCUUCCAACGGAUCUAUCCGUGCUCGUCCCAUUGAGGGACUCUUUGAAUUCAAGGACCCUAACUCUACAAUAGAAGACGGUGAUAUCCCCACAAACUCUCUUUCUAUCCACAAUUAUCCAAACACUGCACCGUCAAACUCAUCCUUCCCUGUCACUUCAAAUCCAUUGAAAACUUAUACCCCAGUGGACAAUUCAAAUGCAAACAGACUAAAGUUCUCUAUCCCAAACCUUAUUCUCCUGCCUCUGUCACAUGGAAUUAUCCCAGUCGUUGUUCCUCUCGCAUACGACCCUGUCACAAGCGAGGAAAAACUCAUUGUUGCCGAUGAUGCCGUCGUAUACCUUGUUUCCGAGUUUGCUCGCCAUUAUAACCAUAUUGUGUCUGUCGAUAAAAUCAUCUUCAUUGAGCCUCUCGGUGGUAUCCCCUCCAUCGAACGUGAUGGCUCUCACGUCUUUGUCAACUUGACUCAAGAACUCGCAGAUAUCACCGCAGAACUCCACCUAGGCUUUGUCGAUCCAACCACUCGUGAAAUAAACCUCGCCAAUCUGCGUACCAUGGAUCGUGCACUUGCUUUGCUCCCCAAUACUGCUUCUGGCCUUAUCACCACCCCUACCGUCGCCUCUCUUUCUUCCAGCCGCAACCCCAUCAUCUACAACAUUUUAACCGACAGACCCAUUCUUUCACCGUCACUACCCGUUGUUCGCAAACGUACACCCACAGUAGAAACAACAAUUCUCCGCAAGGGCAUGCCUGUGAUUCUCAUGAAGUCUAUGACUGGUAUUGAUCUUGUCAAGGAAAAUAAAAUCGGAUCUAUCGACCUUAGUCGUCUAUGGGACCUUAUCGAAGACUCUUUCGGCCGUAAGCUCGAUAAGGAAGCUUACCUCAAACGUAUCAAUGGCAAGGUCGCUGGUAUUAUCAUUGCCGGAGACUAUGAAGGUGCUGCAAUCAUCACCUGGGAAGAACCCCCUACUACCAAACCUCAAGCUGAUGAAAACGAGCCUGUCAUCAUUUCCGAGCUCGAACGCAUUUUCCGUGCUGCUGACGAGGUUGAAAAACCACACCGCGUCGCGUACCUCGACAAAUUUGCUGUACGCUCGUCAUCUCAAGGUGCGUCUGGUGUUGCCGACGUUGUCUUCAAAUCCAUGGUCAUUACGCUUUUCCCCGACGAGCUGCUGUGGCGUUCACGCAAAGUUAACCCGGUCAACAAGUGGUACUUUGAGCGAUCCAAGGGAAGUCUUAGACUCCCCAAUGACUCACCCUGGUGUGUUUUCUGGACCGGAGUCGGGACUAGAGAAGCUGAGAGCUUGAGUGAUUAUAUUGAUAUUUGCAAUACAAUUCCUUCGUCUUGGAAGAUGUAA